ACGGUCGUAGGGGGAAGACGUGUCGUUGUCUCCAGGUCAUUUCGUUCACUGGUGUUUGUUUUCGGCAUUUAUACAUCUAAAACUUAUAUAUUUAUCCCAUUAAUUUCAUCAUUGAACGCCAUAGCAGAUGUAAGAAAUAAAAUUCGUUAAUAUAAUUGCUAUUAAUUCGAACUAGUAUAAUUAAUAGCAUCUCAAAGUAAUUAUUAUAUAUAAAUUAAUUAAAACACGAUUUUUAUAAUAAUUUUACUGUGAAAAAAAGUACUAAACGAUAAUUUUUGAGAAAGUGGACAUUCACGUAUCAAAACAAGUGAUAAUGACGUUUUUUCCCAUAUAAUAUCGUCCAGUGAAACGAUUUUUUCAUAAAUAAGUGAAAAUAGCCAAGGGGAAAAAAGGCCCAAAUCUUGAAAAAUAGCCAGUAGCAACAAAAUAGCCAUAACACUAAAAAAAAUCCCAAACUAAAAAAAAUAGCCAACGAGAGAAAAAAAAUAGCCCCAAACAAAAUCCAAAAGGCCAAACUAGCCAAAAAAGGCCAAAUAUAACCCAAAAUUACAAAAAUAAAAUCCCUUGUGGUUAGAAAAGUGGGAUUUUGUGUUAAAGUAAAUCCUCUAUUCAGGUCAAGAUGGCGGGGUCAAAGGUCAAAUCCAUGACCCCAAUAAUUGUACAUUUGUUAUAUCUGACAGCACCAACCUUACCAACCACCAUACCACCAUCAGAAGUCACUAUCACCAAUCUCCACGUACCACCAUACGCACGAUUAGGCGAUAGUGUGGUUUUGGAAUGUUACUAUAAGACACCAUGGAAUCUGUACUCUCUGAAGUGGUAUUUUGACGAUCGUGAAUUCCUACGAUAUAAACCUGAAGAAGGGACAAGUCUACUGGUUCUUCCCCUACCAGGAGUUAACGUUGAUACGCAGUUGUCGACUCAUGAGAAAAUCGUACUCAAAGAUGUCCAAUUAUCGUCCUCGGGCAAGUACAAGUGUGAAGUCAUAGGAGAGUGGCCUACUUUCCAUACUGCUGAUAAAAGUAGCUACAUGGAUGUUCUUGGAAGACAAACCAACUUCUCAGGUACUAAAUACAAGUACCACAUAGGUGACCUGGUCAAGCUUACCUGUUCAUCCCCCAGGUCACGACCCCCAGCACACCUGACCUGGUUCAUUAACGGUGACCAGGUGCCGACAGAAUACCUCGUCCCGAUAAACUCCACCCGAUACCCGAAUGGCCUUGUUCAAAUGCACCUAGGCCUAUCGUUCCUCGUGGCCAAUCAGCACUUCCACACAGGUGAACUGAAACUCAGGUGUUCAGCUGGUAUUGACUCGUUGUAUUACAAGACCCAAGAACACAGUGUUGCGGGUGAGGUCGUCUUCGAUAUACCAGUGUUGGAAUCUCGAGGUGUUGCUGGUGUUUCAGGCGGAUAG